GUUUUUUUUAAUUUUUAAUUUCACGUUGACUGGCAUUUUGCGUAUGAAGCGAGAUCAGUUGUUGUUUUAUUGUGUCAAAGGUUAUAUCUUAAUACCACAACGCAUUUUCCGAGGAAAGGUUUUGGAUACUUUUUUUUUGUUUAUAACUAGAGGAGCACAAGAUAAGUGUAAAUUCAAGCAAUCGAAAAGUUUCUUCGACAUUGAAGAGUGUAAAUAAAUUCGGAAAAUGAUUUGUUCGGAUUCUUGGAAGCUGUUGCACAUUAUAGUUGCUAUGGUGGUCACAUUAAUUUCGUUUCGACCAGUAUCGGCUGCAUAUGGUGAAAUUUUCAGUGGAACAUUCCACGCUUGCCGAUACUCAGCCUGCGACCAUCACCCCAUUUGUCCAUAUGGUCAUGAUAGUCUCACCCAAACGCGUGACGGCUGUUCUGAUUCCAAACAAAAAAACUAUUGUUGCCCAUCUGGUACGGGUCCUCAAUGCUUCUUCACCGCUUGUGAUGGUGAUAAAGCAUGCCCCGAAAAUUAUCGUGAACUGGAUCGCACCAGAGUCGGAUGCUCUGAGGCCAAGGUUUACUGCUGCAAAAAAGCACAUCUGCCAUAUUGUUUCGACAUGACCUGUCCCACAAGUUCUGAGUCGGAAAAAUCCUGUCCACCUGAAUACAGAGAAACGAGAAGAGAAAUAGGUCAAAAGCCUGGAUGUGAUUCGACGGUUUCGAUGCGUCUAACAUGUUGCCUGCACGAUAACGACGACGAUAACGGCGGUGGACAUAAUCAAAAUGAUAUUGGAAACACGAAGAAUGAAGACGGUGGCAUUCGAAUUUUUACUAAUUAUAAGAGAGGUAUGUACAGUAGUGGAGAGACUGCUUUCGCAGUAUUUCUUAAAGUUUUGAUUCUUCUACCAAUUAUAAUUGCAAUGUUGUAAGAUAUUUGAGUCACAAUCGUUAUUGACGAAGUGAAUGAUCCACUGGAUCCAUUGAACGAAACGUUAAAGUAAAUAAAAAAAAUUUGGA